AUGAAAGUCCUUAUCUUCGCCUGCCUGGUGGCUCUUGCUCUUGCAAGGGAGACUGUUGAAAGCCUUUCAAGCAGUGAGGAAUCUAUUACACAUAUCAAGCAGAAACUUGAGAAGGUUAAACGUGAGGAACAGCAGCAAAAAGAGGAUGAACUCCAGGAUAAAACUUACCCCUUCGUCCAGCCACAGCCUCUGUUCUACCCUUACACUGUCCUUCCACAAAACUUCCUGCCUCUUGCUCAACCUGCCAUGGUGCUGCCUUUCCUUCAGCCUGAAAUGAUGGAAGUCCCCAAAGCAAGAGAGACUGUCACUCCUAAGCGCAAAGUGAUGCCCUUCCUUAAAUCUCCAACAGUGCCCCUUUUUGACCCUGAAAUCUUGAGUCCCACUCAUCUUGAAAAUAUGCACAUUCCUCUGCCUCUGGUCCAGCCCUGGAUGCACCAGGCCUCCCAGGCUAUUCGUCAAACUCCUAUGCUUCUUCCUCAGCCCCUGAGGUCUCUUCCCCAGACCAAUGUCCUGCCUGUUCCUCAGCAAGUGGUGCCGUACCCUCAGAGAGAGAUGCCUGUUCAAGCCUUUCUGCUCUACCAAGAUCUGCUACUCGACCCUUCCCGCCACUUCUACCCUGUGGCUCAACCACUCGCCCCGGUUUACAACCCAUAA